AUGCAAAGAGAGCACAAGGCCGUCCACCCAGACCUACCAAACCAAGCCUGCUAUCUGAACAGAGGCGGACUGCUGCGAGCUGGGCGUUGCCGUUGCUGGCACAGUGGACGAGGUGACGGAGAAUCGAAGCGAGAUGCUCGGCAGGCGGAAGACACCACCGGGGGAAAAGGGGACAAAGGGCGGGAGGGAGGGAGCUGGAGGCUGUCAGGUCGUCUGGCCGCUCGUCGGCGUCUCGUCAAGCGUGUGAAGUUGAGAUUCUUCUUCUUCUUCUUCUUCGCUGCUCGCUUUUUGGAUGUCUCGACGCUAGCCUCUUUGGGAAGCCAGUGGCAGACGCGGUUGAUAGGCGAAGCUGGCGGCAACCGAGGAGAAAAAGACAAGACGGGACAGAAAGGGUUGAGGGAUGGGGAUAGGGACAGCAAGAUGGGGGAGGGGACAGGUGAUGAUGGUGGUGGUGGUGAUGUUGCAAUGUCGGGAGGUUUGGUCUACGAGCAGCCUAUAUUAAUUGAAUAUUAUAUCCCCAAGCCCAGCUCUACUCAAAGUCGCCGGAAAACAUGCCUCUUCUUCGGCUAUCUGUAUGUCUUCGUGUAUCCUGCUGGUUCUAUUCUUUCUAUCUCUCUCCCUAUUACAUCUGUAUGGAGCUAUUCUCCCCCCGUCUUCUGGUAG